AUGGCGCCUCCUAACCCCAACCAUCUUGGAGUGAUUCUCAAAGCCUCAGCAAAAGCAAGCCCAGCUGUAACUCUAUGGUGUAUCGCGGGAGCAUGGGGUGAGCUACUUGAGGAAGCAAUACAAAACAUCAACCCAUUCGACAAAGCAAACCAAGCUCAAGUCCGCGCACAAAUCAAAGGGGACCAUCAGGGCGAGGUAGUUUGGAUAGUGAUGGAUCCGGAUAAUCUGGCUCAUCGUCGAGCUGUCGCAUAUGCGUUUUCUCAAGGCAAAUAUGGAACUACACCUCCAAAUGUUGAUUUUGAGAAUAUGUAUAGUCAGGAUAUGGCGCUGAUGGCAUUUUACAAAUGUAAACGGGCUGUGAAGUAUGAACAUUAUGUGUGUAAGAUGAGAUGUCUAGGGAGGGAACCGCGACUCUCGAACUACAGUAUUUUACCCCGGAACGAUGAGAUUCCAAGUACUAUGCAUGGACUUGGUGCAGGUACUUACGGAGAUUUUUUGAGAAAGGCAUUGCGAAAUUUUGAUUACAAAGAUGGUGCCAAUUGUCGUAGUGCAAAUGCAAUCAUGUUGAUUUGGCUGGCCAGACGAAGAUUAUAUCAUUGGUAUUCGCUGCAGGAAGCGGUUGAAUAUAGUGUAUUGGAAGAUGAGGCUUUCUUUCAGCCAAGAAGACCUUUUUGGAGUUACUUUCAGAUGUUUGGUUCGGCGAUGGGGGGGGAAUGGGAAUGA